AUGGUUUAUCCCACCGUGGUUGCCAAAAUUUUCAUCUUGCUUCCUUUGUCAUGGCACAGAUCUCCGGGCUAUGGGAUCUCACUGGUGGCAGAAACGACCACCGGCUGCAUUUUAAGCUCCGAGAGCGCGGCUACGCAUUCAGAAGCAUCCGAGCUCCAGCUUCCAGAGGACCUGGGGACGCAAGCAGCCAUGUCCUUGCUACAGGAAAUAAAGCUGGGAGGAGUUGUAAAUUCAACUCACCAGGGUUUGCUGUUCAUCCUCUGUGCUCUGUGCCUGGAAGAUGUUUCCAAAGUCAGGGUUGGUAAGCUCUCUUCUUACAGUAUCAAGACGCUGCAACACAUCAAAGAAUUCCUGGGAGUGCAGUUUAGUAUCAAGCCUAACCCAGUGACAGGCACGGUUCUACUUACGUGCAUUGGAAGUGGCUUCCAAAAUCUCUACAGGAAAGUUUCAUGAGUCACUGGGGCCAUAGCUCUAACAAAAGGAAACCGAAUCAGUUACAUGGAA